AUGAGAAGAAAAUUAACUCUAUUGAUUGCUGCUUUAGCUGCUAUUGGAACUGUAACAGCUUGCUAAGACCCUGCAGCAGUCGGAUCAGGCUGUCUUUGCUAAGGUACUUAUUAUGGUACUUCAGUUGACGCAGUACCAGGAUAGGGAUGCAAAGCGUGUCCUAAUGGUACGGCUUAAGGAGCUGCAGCAGCUGGUGCAACGACUCUUGCAGACUGUAACACUUGUCUUGAUAUUUCUCAUGCUUCUUUCACUGGAACAACAUCUGCCCCAGCUUGUACUUGCAAAGACCCUAACGCUAUUGCCCUUCAAGGUCAAAAUUGCAAGUGUAAGGCCAAUACCUAUGGAAUGCCUAGUAGAACCACAACUACCGCAUGUACUGCUUGUCCCAAUGGUUCUGGUUCUGCCGCUGGAAGCACAGCUUAAACUGAUUGCACUUUAUGUGCUGACAGUACUCAUGCCACUUUCACUGGAACUACAGCUGCCCCAGCUUGUACUUGCACUGACCCUAAUGCUACUCUCGACGCAAGUGGAAAUUGCCAAUGCAAGGCCAAUACCUAUGGAAUGCCUAGCACCACCUCAACUACCACAUGUACUGCUUGUCCCAGUGGUUCUGGUUCUGCUCCUGGAAGCACAGCUUUAGCUAAUUGCUCUUUAUGUAUUGAUACUACUUAUGCUACUUUCACUGGAACUGCAAGUUCCCCAGCUUGUUCUUGCACUGACCCUAAUGCUUAAAUUAGUGCUUCUACUUCAAUGUACUAAUGCAAAGCUGGUUACUAUGGUACUCCAAGUACUACUCCCACUAGUGGUUGUAAUAAAUGCCCUCAAGGAUAAACUACAGCUGCUGGAUCUACCACAAAUACUUGUGCUGUAGUACCAUCAACUUAAUCUUAUAUUUUAAUGCCAAUAGUUUCUUUGGUACUCUCUCUAUUUAUUGCUAUUUGA